AUGGGAUCGAAAUCUAAGAAAAUAUCCGUGCCACUCCGCAGCCGUGUAAUGGAGGGAGCAGCUUUGCUGUCCCCUCAGUUGGCAUCAAGUUCUAGUGCUCCAGACUCAGAUGAUGUCUCUAGAUCCAUGGACAACUCUGUGCCUACAUUGGAGGAGAUGAUUUCCUCCAUUUACAAGAACCUCUUUGGUGAAGAGCCGGAACAAGAAGUUAUUGGUCAUUGUGCCACAGUUGCGGUACGAGGGAAUCCAGAGCCGCAAAUUGAUGUUAGACUCCGAAUACUCAUGACAUCCAAGAGUUCGGGGUUGCGAAAAGAGGUAGAACCUUGUAUGCCUGUGGCCCAAAGGGAUUCAGGUUCGAGAGGAGCAUUUCGGCCGAACAGUCGCGGCCCUUGA